AUGGCCGAUAACGAUGGUGAUGAUUUGCUGUGCCAUUCCUUCUGCACCACCAAGCCAAUCGAGCAAGAGUCUUUUACGGAGCAAGAUUUGAGAACACAUCUGGCAUCACUCAAUAGCACCAACUGGGCUGUGGAAGAAAUCCUACAGGUUCGGCGUGGGGAUGAGUAUAUUAAUGCCCCACAACAAGCGUUGGAACCAUGGGAAGAAAGAGGUGACGACACAUACAAGAAUGCCACAUACGAGGUAUACGAGGUACCCGGGAGUGGUGAUCAGAAGUGCAUGCCCGAGCCCAAACACAAAGAGAACGGAGACGACCCUCAACAAGUCCUCAGCAUCAAUAGCGUCUGGGAUACUCUCAAAGAGGUGAACAUAAAUGGGAAGGCGGUCGGAAGAAUAACUAUUCUUCAAGAGGUCCCCCCUCUCGUACUCGGAGCAGCCCAUAUGACCAUGCGGAAACACUUCGAUAUGGACGAGCUAUUCCAACAUCUCAUUUCCAGUGAAGGAAAUAACGGGAAGACCAAAGCUUAUAUGGAUCGAACUACCGAAUCCAAUCCUCUAAGGCACAGGACAUUCUUCUUCGUCUUCAAGUACUAUACUGUUGUCAAUGAGAACAAGUGCACCCCUGCACCGUGGCAACGUUAUGAUAGACGUCCAGCUGACCGCAAAUGGCCCGACCAUGUCGACAUCGCAGAGUGCAGCUCAAUCUUGGCAUUAUCACUGGGCGGUGAUCCAAUCAAAAAGUACCGGGCACGGGUGAAGAAAAGAGAUAUCAAGGACCAUGUUAUUUUUGACACUUCGGCACCAUGGCAACUUCUCAGUAUCCAGUGCUUCCCAGAUGACGAGCACACGAUGAGGAGCGAGGGGUCAAGACGGCCGUUAUGCAAUGGCCCAGUUGCAUUUCUGGAUAGCUUGGCUCUUGAGUACCAUGAUGCCGUUACAAGAUACAGCCAGAUCAACGACGAGGUGACAAAGCUCAUCACACCGCCGAGCCAAUUCAUGUUCAACUCUGAGCUUCGGGACGGCCUCCUGUUUGAAGACGAAAACUUUUCGUAUUCUCGUCGUUACUUUUGGGCGUACAAUACUCUCGGUGUGAUCAAUGUAGGGAUCGACUCGAUGGUGUUAGCCUACAAAGAGACGUUUACGCAAGAGUUCUGGGCAGGGAAACAUGAGAAGCUUUGGGCGCACCCAUACCCAGACACGAGUGAUGGUCAAGAUUAUGCUAAAUGCAUGGGAGUUUUCAGACAGGAGUUGGAUAGGGAGGUGAAAAACCUGGAGAUGGUGCGGAAGAGAAACGAAAAAACACGAGACGAGAUUUCGUCGCUGAGGGAGCAGCUCUUUAGCGGGAGCAGCGUCAAGGAGUCCAGAAGGGCCAUUGAGCAGGGAGACAACAUCAAGAUCCUUACCGUGGUAUCGAUGCUCUUUCUGCCUUUAACUUUUGUUACUGUGAGUCAGCUUCCACUUUUCGUAUUCUUCUGA